AUGGAUGCAACACUGUUGGAUGAUAGGCACGUUGAUUUACAGCAGCAUCGACGAGACUUCUUAGCAGCUGAAGGCUCUUCGUUGGAGCUGAUAGCGCUACCAGACAAAGGCUUUGGUGUCAGGACAACUGCCUCAAUCGAAGCUGGGUGCUGCCUACUGGCUGAGCCACCCUUGGCGAUCAUCCAGCUUCAAAGCAGCAGGGAAGAUACAGUGGCCUGCGAGCAUUGUUUACUUCCCUUAAGGCAGAAAGAUGCGGAAGACGUCCAAACUUCUGGUGAGUGCAGCUUCUGUCGCGCUACAUAUUGUUGUGAGCAAUGCGUCAGUGACGCCUGGGCAUCAGGGCAUGAUUUCCUUCGUGCAUCCAGCAGAAUAGAGCUCGAGCACCUUGAGCAGCUCCUAGUGGAGCUGGGCAAUGUUGGGGAGGCCUUUCGCUUGGCCUUGAAGUUGUUGGCCAAAGGUGCCAUGUCAACAUGUCCUGAUGCCACUGAUGGCCGCAGCAGCAUCUUCACAUUGUUGGACGGCUUUUGGGGAGCUCCAUGGUGGGAGACCGCUGCCCUGGCACCUGAACUUUUGCAAGAAGCAAGGUCAACAACCGCGACAAUACUGGAGUUGGUGCAACACUUCAUCCCCUUGCCGCCCAACUUUGGCGUCAAUGAUAUGGCCAAACUGGUGGGGCAGGUGCGGAUGAAUGCUGUGGAGGUCCUUGUUCCAUCUGAAGAUGGUGCCAUUGUGGCGCGUGGCUUGGCAGUGUACUGCGUGGCGUCGGCGGUGAACCAUGACUGCAAGCCGAAUUGCACUUUGCAGUCAUGCCUGCCACUGCCAGAGCUUCGUGGAUGGGCAGUGCUGCAAGCCCUGAACGAUCUAGAUGAGGGAGAGGAGGUGACCAUCGAAUAUCUAGAAGAUGCCCCAGAUCGCCACAAACAACUGCUUGAGCAGUGGCGAUUUCAGUGCAUAUGUGAAAAAGGGCGGCAGCGUCUGAGUCACCAUGAGACAAUCUUCAGGCAUGCUGCAGAUGGAGAGAAAUCACGACUCCCAGGUUCACGCGCUGCUCGAGGGUGUCCCGCCUUUGUCAGAGCAGGUCAUUGGUGGAGUAAACGCCUCAGGCUUCAGGCACUGGUGAGAGUGGAUGCAUCGGCAUGUGGAUGUGUAUGUAUUAUAUAUAUAUAUAUAUUAGAAUUUAUGUAUGUAUCACUUUAUGCACAACAAUUUCACAGCACAUGUCGCACUUGA